AUGGGACAGUUCGACUGCAAGAUCAAUUUAUUAGAGAACCUCCAGAUGCUUCUAUGCCCGAGUGGUCAGGCUACGCUUUCGAUCGUGGGGACAACUACGCUGUACACAGUAGGACUUACUGAGGAUGAAGAGCUAAUGGUGUCUCAACAACUUGCAGAUUCACUAGAAGCUGAUCAUGCACGAGAUGAAAUUGCUGAGACUUAUCUCUACUACUGCACCUAGCCAAUUGCUCUGCAUUACAAUUAGAGUGCACUUGCGGAGAUGGUAUGAUAACCUUUCAGGACUGCAGCGUGAGGAAUAGCAUUCAAUGAUUGAUGGAAAUAUUUGUAGAUCGUUGAAGGGGCCAUAAUUUUUUAAAUUCCAAACCUCAUGAUGAACAUAGGGUGAAUCGGGUGGCCCAGGGUGGCGCG